AUGAUUAUAAUUGCACAACUUCCGAGUCCAGAUAGCAUUAUGAUUAUAAAGGCUCUAGAGUUGCACCCAGAUAAGAGGCCACAUGAUCCCCAUACUCAUGCUAACUUCCAAAGUCUCAAGUUAUCCUAUGAGAUGCUUGAGGAUGACAAGGCCAGGAAAAUAGAGAGCAGCAGCACCGCAGCCGCCGCCGCCAUUUGGAACGUGAUGCCAAGCGACAGGACAUGGUCUCUGAGCAAGAGAACGGGAACCAGCCAAAGAGAUGAAGAGGAGAGAAUUGCUAGGAAGCUUAAAGAAGAGAUUGCGAGAAUACACGCCAGUGGUCGGCUAGUACUGCUCCUGUUCGGAAAACAAAAAGUGGCAGCGAAGUUUGGGAAGGAGAGUGGGUGGGGCUAA